AUGUCAACACCUACGGAUCCAGUAGUAUCAAAUAAUGAAAAGUUACCCCAUGAGGACAAUGAUAAUAACGGGAUAUUUGGCAGAAUUAUAAAUAAAUCAAAAGUUUAUCCCCUGGAAGAAUAUACUCAUUCAGAAAUCCGCAACGAUCAUGUCAACGAAAAAGUUUUGCCAGUAGAACUUGAGGAAUCAAGAAAAAAUGUUACCGUUCCGAAAUCUCUAUUCAGGCGGAAUUUUAAAGAAACUCUUAUUCUAAGCGCAGCUAUCUCAACUAUAGCAUUGUCCUUUGUUGGUGUUACUGUAUAUUAUAUUCUAUCUUACUCUCGUCCCGAACUCGUCUAUACUAAUAUGAUUUGGCGACAUGGCGAUCGAGCACCCGCCCAUUAUUUUCCAAACUUUACUGAAAAAUAUUUGAUAGCCUUUCCACGAGGCAUGGGAAAUUUAACAAAAAUAGGUGCCGAGCAAGCGGAACAGUUAGGCUUAUUGUUACAACGUCGUUACAUUCACCCUGGAAACAUCACAUCGAAGCAGAUUUAUAUUCGUAGUACAGAUGUUCAUCGUACUAUCGAAACUGCACAACAUGUUCUAAAAGGAAUGUCUUUUCCUGACACAAGAAUUAACGUCGAAUUAACGACCAAUGUCGAUACGGCCGGUAAUCCAUUUUUUGAUUGUCCUAUUGCAACUCAAUUUGUUUUGGAUCAAGAGGAAAAAUAUUUUCUACGAGAAAAUUUCAGCGAGAUAUACGAAUUAAUGCAACGAGAGCUGAAUUAUAAUAGUUAUUCAUAUUAUUUAUUCGAUACUCUCAAUUGUCUGAAAGCACAUGAUUUAGCGUUACCAGACUGGCUGAGGAGUGAUGAAUUGUAUGAAAAAUUGAAAUUUUUGAGUUGGCAUGGUGUAGAAGCACAGUUUGGUAUAGGACCAUACGAUAAUAAAUUGCAGAGAAAGAUUCGAGGUGGAAGUUCUCUUCGUGGUAUUGUUAGCCGAAUCGCGUGUAAAGUAAAUUAUUCAGAAUGGUCAUCAGUUGAUUCUUGUGAAGAAAAGUUUUACGGACUAUCAGCAGCAAGUUUUUUUGAUGAUUUUUUCAUUGCAUGGAUUAUGCAGUAA